AGGCCGCGGCUAGGCCCAGCCUGCCACAGGCCCGCCGCAGGCCCAGCGCGCCACCAUGGUGCUACAGCGCCCGCCACCGCGGGGACCGCUGCAGCAGCACAGGCGACCCAGGCGGGACGGGGACCGACGCCGGGGCCUACGGGUGGUCGGCCCGUGAACCCCCGCGUCCCGACCCCUCCUCCUCGCCGGACCAUGCGCGCCCCCAGCCGCCCCGGAGGCUGAGCCCGUCGCCCCGCUCCGCCGUCGCCCUCCCGGCCGCCCCCCAUGGCCUUGCCGGGCUCCGAGGGCGCGGCUGACAGGCCGGUGUCCCCGGUCCGGGGCGCCCCCGCCGGCUCCGCGUCGUCGUCGUCCGCCUCCUCCGGCGGCUCGGCCUCCGCCCCGGCCGCGGCGGGAGCGGGGCUAUGGGCCGCUCUGUACGACUACGAGGCGCGCGGCGAGGACGAGCUGAGCCUGCGGCGCGGCCAGCUGGUGGAGGUGCUGUCCCAGGACGCCUCCGUGUCGGGCGACGAGGGCUGGUGGGCCGGCCAGGUGCAGCGGCGCCUGGGCAUCUUCCCCGCCAACUACGUGGCGCCGUGCGGCCCGGCCGCCAGCCCCGUGCCGCCGCCGCCGCCGCCGCGGCCCGGCUCGCCGGUGCACAUCGACUUCGAGCGGCUGGAGCUCAAGGAGCUCAUCGGUGCCGGCGGCUUCGGGCAGGUGUACCGCGCCACCUGGCAGGGCCAGGAGGUGGCGGUGAAGGCGGCGCGGCGCGACCCGGAGCAGGACGCGGCGGCGGCGGCCGAGAGCGUGCGGCGGGAGGCGAGGCUCUUCGCCAUGCUGCGGCACCCCAACAUCAUCGAGCUGCGCGGCGUGUGCCUGCAGCAGCCGCACCUCUGCCUGGUGCUCGAGUUCGCCCGCGGCGGAGCGCUCAACCGCGCGCUGGCCGCCGCCAACGCCGCCCCGGACCCGCGCGCGCCCGGUGCGCGCCGCGCGCGCCGCAUCCCCCCGCACGUGCUGGUCAACUGGGCUGUGCAGAUUGCGCGGGGCAUGCUCUACCUGCACGAGGAGGCCGUCGUGUCCAUCCUGCACCGGGACCUCAAGUCCAGCAACAUUUUGCUGCUCGAGAAGAUAGAGCAUGACAACAUCUGCAAUAAAACGUUGAAGAUCACAGACUUUGGGUUAGCGAGAGAAUGGCACAGGACUACCAAAAUGAGCGCCGCGGGCACUUACGCUUGGAUGGCCCCGGAAGUCAUCAAGUCCUCCUUGUUUUCUAAGGGAAGUGACAUCUGGAGCUAUGGAGUCCUGCUGUGGGAGCUGCUCACGGGAGAAGUCCCCUACCGUGGCAUCGAUGGGCUUGCCGUGGCUUACGGAGUAGCCGUCAAUAAGCUCACUUUGCCCAUUCCUUCCACCUGCCCUGAGCCAUUUGCCAAGCUCAUGAAAGAGUGCUGGCAACAGGACCCUCACAUUCGUCCAUCAUUUCCCUUAAUCCUUGAACAACUGACUGCUAUUGAAAAGGCAGUUAUGACCGACCUGCCUCAGGAAUCUUUUCAUUCCAUGCAAGAUGACUGGAAGCUAGAAAUUCAGCAAAUGUUUGAUGAACUGAGAACAAAGGAAAAGGAGCUGCGGUCCCGCGAGGAGGAGCUGACCCGGGCCGCCCUCCAGCAGAAGUCCCAGGAGGCGCUGCUCAAGCGGCGGGAGCAGCAGCUGGCCGAGCGGGAGAUCGACGUGCUGGAGCGGGAGCUCAACAUUUUGAUCUUCCAGUUAAACCAGGAGAAGCCCAACGUCAAGAAGAGGAAGGGAAAGUUCAGGCGGAGUCGGUUAAAGCUCAAAGACGGACAUCGCAUCAGCUUACCUUCAGAUUUCCAGCAUAAAAUCACUGUGCAGGCCUCUCCCAACUUGGACAAACGGAGGAGCUUGAACAGCAAUGGUUCCAGUCCGCCUAGUAGCCCCACGGUGAUUCCUCGGCUUCGAGCGAUACAGCUGACUUCGGAUGAAAGCAACAAAACUUGGGGAAGGAACACUGUCUGUCGACAAGAAGAGUUUGAAGAUGUGAAAAGGAGUUUCAAGAAAAAAGGUUGUACCUGGGGACCAAAUUCAAUUCAAAUGAAAGAAAGAACUGAGUGCAAAGAAAGAAUAAGACCUCUCUCAGACGGCAACAGUCCUUGGUCAACUCUCUUACUAAAGAAUCAGAAAACCAUGCCGUUGGCUUCGUUAUUUGUGGACCAGCCAGGUGUUUCUGAAGAGCCAAAACUUUCCCUGGACGGAUCAGAACACAGAAAACCAAAGCAAAUAAAAUCACCUAGUCAAGCCUAUGUGGAUCUACCUCUUUGGAAAGAUGGCCAGAGAGAGAAUCCAGUGGAACCUGGAAGCUGGGAGGAGGGAUUCUCCACGAACCCUGCUGCUGUCACUCCUCAGGUGACCCCUACGAAUAGCCUGAGCAGAUCCCCCCAGAGAAAGAAGACAGAGUCUGCCCUGUAUGGCUGCACCAUGCUGCUGGCGUCCGUGGCUCUGGGGCUGGAUAUCAGAGAGCUCAAUAAAACACAGGCUGCUGAGGAACCAUUGCCCAAAGAAGAAAGGAAGAAACGCGAGGGAAUCUUCCAGCGGGCUCCCAAGUCCCGAGGCAGUGCAAGUCCUUCUACAAGGCCACCGUCUACAGGCGAGGGGGCCGGCAACCCACCCGUCUUCCCUCCAGCAAGCGCCCUGAGCCUUCUGUCCAUGCCCUCUCUCUCCACGAAGUGCUUGCUCCAGACCGACAGUGAAGAUGCGUCUGAGGGCAGCACCCACAUCACCUGUGACCCUGAGAUGCCCGCUCCAGAUUUCUGCCCUGCCGUCGGGGGAGGGAGUCACAGACUGCCCUCCACGCCAAGACUCAAGACUGAUCAGAGGAUGUGGAAAAACCUGCCUCCUCCUUUCUUAGAGCCGACAUGUGGGAAUGUGCCUUAUUACCCUUCUUCGAAAGAACAAGCAUUGCAUCACAGACGCACCCUGUCUGAUGGAAACGCUUCUCAGACCCCAGCAGCUGGGACAACUCGCCUACCAGCCCCCGGAGCCUCUUACCUGCCACCUGAGCGGGUUCUGGGGAUCCCUCACCUCUCACAUGGGCCUCACGGUAACCUGCCAAAGGAGGCCCCGCCCGAAAAACAAAGAGCGGUCAGCAUCAUGCCUCUGCCUCGCCCUCCCUCCUCCAGGAGUCGAACAGAGUCUCAGCCCACAGGGGCCGACUCUGCCAUGCAUGGUCCGGGACCCACUGCUAACUGUUCCCUCGUUGCCCAGGAGAGAACUAAACCCCAUGUGCCUUCCCUACUGGACGCAGAUGCCGAAGGCCAAAGCAGGGACUGCACGGUGCCUUUGUGCAGGAUGAAGAGCAGAACUAGCCGACCAUCCAUAUAUCAACUGGAGAAAGAAUUUCUGUCUUAAGUGCCUUACUUUGUUUGAGCCUUUUUUUUUUUUUUAAGGUGAACAAAUUAAAACAAUGUGUCUACCUUUGAACUGUUUCAUGCUGCUGUGUUUUCAAAAGCUGUGGCCAUGUUACUAAAAGUAGUAAUGGAUGUCAACCUUUGCAGAAAAAUAUAUGUGAUUGCUCUUAGCGGUAUGUAUCAUUUUUUUCCCCACUGGAUUCUUACCUAGUAACCUGAAACACACACACACACACACACACACACACACACACACACACAAAUAAAACAAGAAAUG